CGUGUGUGGCAGCCGACUCUACCUGGGCAUGCACUCAGUUCUGGACGUGGUGGCUGGCCUGCUGUUCGGCGUGCUCAUCCUUUGCGGUCUCAUCUUGCCUUACAUCGACGCCGUCGACGAGUAUCUGGUGACCAACUCGUACUCGCCCAUCACGCUCAGCGUGUUCAUCGCGCUGUCCGUGCUCCUGUACCCGGCCGGCAACACGUGGACUCCUGCCAGAGGCGACACGGUCAUCAUCUGCGCCGUCGUACUGGGGAUCUACAGCGGCGCCUGGAUGAACUACAGCAAGAACCUGAUCAGCGCGGCCACCCUCUCGCCGCCCUACGAGAUCAUUUGGCCGACGUACGAGAUGUGGGGCGAGGUGCUGGCGCGCAGCUCGAUCGGGCUCAGCUCGGUGCUGGCCACGCGCGCCAUCUUCAAGAGCCUGUCGUACGCCACGGUGUGCGCCUUGCUGCGGCUCAACCAGCAGGACGUGACGCUGCGCCGCGCCAACGUCAGCCAGCGCCAGUUCGUCAUCGUCGAGCUGAGCUACAAGUUCAUGACGUACGCGGCGGUCGGGUUCGACAUCAUCUACACGGCGCCUCUGGUGUUCCGCCUGAUCGGCAUCGAGCGGCCCGAGUUUCUACACCGAG